AUGCUUCUUCGAAUUCGAUCAAAGGAAGGCAUGAGCCGAAUCCAAGUCGAUCCUAGCGACACCUUUGCUUCUUUGGCUCAAAAGAUCGCGUCUACUUUAAAACUUGAUAAUCCCGACACGAUUGCAGUUGGUGACCAGCCUCAGCCUGAUGCAGCAACGCCUAUUGUUCAGCUUAAAGACAAAACGAUUGGCUCAACUGAUCUAAAGCACGGUGAUAUAGUCUAUGUCUCGUUUCCUGAACUUACCAGCACCACCGAUGCCGCAGCGUCUCCGUCCUCUUCCUCUGCACCUGCGCAACCACAGCCAAGAGACGCCUCUGGGUAUAUUCCGAUUGACGAUCUUGCGUCUGUAAAGCAGGAUAAUGUUGACGACUUUCUCGAAAAGCAACGUGGACUUAUCAAAAGACCAAAAGAUUCGGAUUUCUGUCGACACGGUGAUAAUGCAAUGUGCGACUAUUGUAUGCCUUUGGAGCCGUAUGAUCAACGAUAUUUAGAAGAGCACAAAAUCAAGCACAUGUCCUUCCAUGCGUAUCUUCGACAAAUUGACCAAGCUAAACAGACGAGUGCACCUUCGUCAGCAGUUUUAAAACAAUUACCGCCACUCGAAGAACCAAACUACAAAGUCAAAGUACCAUGUACUGGUGGCCAUGCUCCUUGGCCUGAGGGUAUUUGCACAAAGUGUCAGCCAAGUGCAAUCACGUUACAGAGACAGACAUACCGUAUGGUGGAUCAUAUUGAAUUUUCAUCUGCUGGGUUAGUGGAUACCUUUUUGAACUCAUGGCGUAGCACAGGAUGUCAACGCAUUGGUUAUCUGUAUGGUCGUUAUGAACCGUACCUUGACGUUCCCCUUGGCAUCAAGGCAGUUGUGGAGGCGAUCUAUGAACCGCCACAAGAAAAUCAUGUGGAUGGCAUUAAGCUGGCGUUGCCAUGGGACGAGGAGGAAACCAUGGUGAACAAGGUUGCAGAAGCGUGCGGACUCUCGUUGGUUGGCAUGGUAUUUACCGAUCUAAUCGAUGACGGCACAGGAAAGGGUACGGUGAUCCCCAAACGCCACGUCGACUCGUACUUUUUGUCCUCGCUCGAAUGCGCUUUUGCUGCAGAGAUGCAAAAACGCCAUCCCAGCCCAUGCAGACACUCGGCCACUGGCAAAUACGGCUCCAAGUUCCUUUCAUGCGUCAUCUCGGGCGAUUUGGAGGGUAACAUUGAUGUCAAGGCAUAUCAGGUAUCGGAAACCGCCACUGCUUUGCAAGAAGCAGAUAUCAUUGAGCCUAGCCGCAAGCCCUCUGUCAUGCGUGUGCGUGAUAGUGUGGCACAUGAGCGCUAUGUUCCCGAAGUAUUUUACAAAUUCAAGAACGAAUACGGUGUUGUUGUAAAGCAGUCAGCCAAGCCCACAUUCCCGGUCGAAUAUCUGCUGGUUAACGUAACCAACGGUUUCCCUCAUGAGCCAGAUCCACUUUUCGUUGCAUCUCCAGGUUUUGCAGUGGAGAAUAGACACGCCCAAGAUGUCGGUACUCUUGCCAAAUACUUGAGCAGCGCAUCGAACCAUGAACAACUCAAAAAACUAUUAUCCGACUUCCAUGUUUUAUGCUUCCUUGCUACAUUGAAUACCCUCACCCCAUCCGAAUUUUCCAGGGUGUGCGAAAUCGCAACACAGCGUGAUGUUUCAGGAGAUAUACUAGAGACAAUGGAUGGAUGGAAAACGUUGACAGUAUUGCUGAAAGAAGCAGAAGGGAACGUUCGGUACAACACUCCAUCGACGCGAUCUGCAACAACUUCAGGCGCUGCAACGCCAGCUACAUCCGAGUUUACCGAAAUAUCGUGUCGACAUUGUACUUUUGCCAAUCCUGGUGGAGCCGUUAACUGUGAGAUGUGUGGAUUGCCUUUGGGAGAAUAA